UGCGCACUCCGACAAGCAAUCACCGUCAAGUCAAAUGAGAUUGAUAGAAAUUAAGGCACAGGUGCACGAUUACGUACGGUGAAUCGAACGGCGAAUGCGUUAGAAUGUGGUGCACGAUGUGCUUAGAAGAAGUGCAUCUGACGAAAGUAAAGUAGAGGUGCGUGGUAGAAUCCGGAUCGAACCCUCUCCGCCAUCCUGCGCGCAGUGGUCAAUUAGCGACGAUCAUCGUCCACCGAUUGUUGAAAGCCCCUUCCGGCUCUCAGCGCCUCGUUUUCGCAACAUCGCAACUCUCUUAUCUCGGCCACUGUCUUUAUGGUUGUUCGAUUGUGAAUCACAGUGCGUGGUGAUACGUGUGUAUUGGUGUGCUGUUUUUAAUUGAUAAUUAUUUUUAUUGUUGCCGGCGUGUGUCCGAUUUUUUGUUGGUGUGCAUAGUAGCAGCAGAACUAGGCCGUGGUCGGCAGAUUUGCUUUUGGAAUUCGGCCCGCCAACCUUCACUGUGGUUUCCGAUUCCUUGGCACAAAUUGGCUUGCCGCGCCGGAACGCAGCCUAAGGAAGCAAACGGCAAGUGGGGUUCUCCUGGGUUUGCGGUCGCAGGAAAUGCCAGUUUUUGCGUAAUUUAAUUUAAUGUCCCGGUAGUGGCGGUGCUGCGGGGGCCCUCUUUGGUAAUCUAAGUUAGUGUGGGCGCGGUGCUGGUUGUGUUCGAGAUCGGGAAGUGGCUCAACUUCCGAACCCAUUCGAACAAACCAAUAAAAAGUGCAUAUCAGUGUGUGUGUGUGUUUGUUCCUACAAAAAGGUGUGUGUCGAGUGCGACCGAUAAAGUGGUCACACAUCCUGUGGAUUCGAGGGAAACAAGCGUAGUGGUCCGAAUAAAUACGGGAACCAGCAGCAGCAGCAACAGCAGCAGCUACACGAACGAAAAAUGCGUGAAUUCAAGGUUGUUGUCCUCGGGUCCGGCGGGGUCGGCAAAUCGGCCCUUACGGUGCAAUUCGUGUCCGGGUGCUUCAUAGAGAAAUACGAUCCCACCAUCGAGGAUUUCUAUCGGAAAGAGAUUGAGGUGGACAAUUCACCCUGUGUGCUAGAAAUUCUAGACACAGCCGGUACGGAACAGUUUGCCUCGAUGCGAGAUUUGUACAUUAAAAAUGGUCACGGCUUUAUCGUUAUGUAUUCUCUAACCAAUCACCAGACAUUUCAGGAUAUCGCGAGUAUGCGAAAUGUGAUCAGUCGUGUGAAAGGAAGUCAACCAGCACCAAUCCUCCUAGUCGCCAACAAGCUAGAUUUAGAUUGCCAAAGAGAAGUGUCCACGGCCGAGGGUGGUGCCCUAGCGGAGCAGUGGGACUGCCCGUUCAUCGAAGCAUCGGCAAAGGAUCGCAUCAACGUGAACGAAGUAUUCGCCACCGUCGUCCGGGAGAUGAAUAUGACCUCCGAGAAACGUCAGAAGAAAAGUUACUGUUGUUGUACAUUAUUAUAGAAGUGGCACUAAGUCUAAUUUUAACCUAAUUAAUAAUUAAAUAAAUAAAGCCUACAGACCCGUAGGAAGAACAUAGGAGAUUCAAGGUGCGUGUGCGUUACGGCGCCCGCGCCACCAAAACGGGGCCGAAUCGAUACAUCCGUCUUUGUCCUCCGGAGUGGUGUUUUGUGUGGCCGGUCGGAGUAGCUCGCUCUCGGAGUAACAGAAACGGGGUUUGGCGACAGAGUUCGGCGAUGGGCAACCGAGGGUUCGCUUGUAGUAGUGGAGAUGAAAAACAUUUUUGGAGGAUUUUUUGCACGCUCUUACUGCUGCUGCAUCUAUAUCUGCUGCUGUGCCGCCGGGUGGUGCUCGGGUGUAUCAUUCAGCAGGCUAUUUGCUGGAUUCCGCGGUACUCAACCAAACGACUGAAGAAUGAAUGUGCACGCAACUAUGUAAUAAGAGAAUUAGCAUUUGGGGCAGGAUUAGACCGAAACGUGUGUCUCGUUUCACAGAAACAGAAGCAGCAGAACCGAACAGAACACUGAUUGGUGUGUAGUAACUCGCGGGGCCUCGGGCUCUCUACUCUCAGUGGCCUCAAUGCAAGCUUACACUGGAAAGCGAACGCAGUAUUAAGGUUACACACUCUAGCAUUGGGCGAAAUAAGCAUCGGAAAUGCAUCAAUUUUAGGCAUAUUAUCAGAAACAUGGGACAAAUGAAACGAAAAUACAUGCAGAGGCGAUUGUUGAACGAACAGUGCGCACGGUAGGAUAUUGCAAUGAUCAAAGGCGACGGCUAAAAAAUUAAAUAUAACAGAUAAUAAUUAAUGGUAACACUAACUCCUAUGCAUAUUGACACGUGUGACAGAAAGCGCGAAGAGAGAGAGAGAGAGUGAGAGAGAGCUGGGCAUCAAACUGUUUGAAACCAGAAGGAGUCUGACAAAAAAUCCCCGAAAACAACAAUUCCACUAUUCCUGUCAACCUCGAAUUUUCACCUCAAAUGGCAAAUUUGGUACAUACAUUCAUGUUUAUCCUUUGCAUGUCAACGUAAAGUAGUUGCAUGUGUGUGUUUGUGUGUGUCAAUGUUGCAAGAAACGACGUAUCUGGCAGGUGAAGGUUACAUUAAAACUAAAAAAUGUUAGGCAACAAUUAUAAGAAACCCCCUUCUGUGGGAAACGACAUAAAACAAACACGGAUGGUUCUCAAUUUUAAACAAACCGGUAUUUAACGUGUACGCUUGGCAUGAAGAGGUCAAUCUUUUACCGCGGCGGCGGCCGGUACGGACUUGUAAAUACAAACAGUUAAUUAGAACAUGGAAACACCCAAACCAUUUGCUGCUGCUUACCAUAUUGUCAGUAGAAUUGUGAUUUUGAUUUAGGAAACCCGGGGCUCGGAGAUAUGUCACGGAGUCACGGGGAUCACGGAUUUUUUGUUUUGUUUGUAAAUGUUUUGAAAUUUGGCACGAAAACCCCCCCCUUUCUACAGGUCUGUCUAUAUGUGCUCCUCUUUUUGCCGCAUUUGAAUCUGAAGGUUUGGUUCGGCCGUCUCAUCAGAGACUGUCGUCGGUCGGUGGUAAUUUUUGUUUUUUUAAUGUAUUUAAAUUAUGUGCCAUUUUUUAUGAUGGCCUCCCUUUAGAGAGCAGAACAUGCUUCUUCCUUCUGCCGCGAAUCGAUAAUUGCUCGAAUCUUUGCACUCCACGAACGCAGCUCCCACUGCACGAAACUCAUGGUGGCCGGUGCGGACGUAACGCAAUCUCCUUACAUGCGUGCGUGCACUCACGCACACACGCUACCAAUGUGAUAAGAGGAGUUAGCAAUUCAGUGACCAGCCGGCUGAUUUUAUUUUCAUUCUGACCACCCGAAAUUGGACAAGCGCUUUGCACGCUUUAGCAGUCUUUUAGCACGAAAUGUGGGCAGUAAAUCCUUCUGUGCUUUGUACGAUUUUUCGAGUUUUUCGCCAACAAAACAAUGUUUCAGAAAAUCUAAUAGAAGAAAGGAGAAAUGAUCAUUCUUAAGCAAAAUCAAUGCGAAUUGACUACGGCUGACCAGCAUGUAAAGUAGAACGAUGAGAGAACAUUCGCACGGUGUUUGUUGUGCGGAUUGAAAUCACCUAAUACACACACUGUCAUAUACAUAUACAAACACAUACAAAAAACGCGUGCAUACAUAUUAUUAGGUGUUACAAGCAAGGCCGGUAAGGAGGAUCCUGUAGGGAUCCGGGAGAAAAGCAAAUGAAGUAGAGUAGCGAGGACGAAUGAUCGUGGUCGAUCUAGGAGAAAACAAGAAAAAACUAUUUUUAUCGUAACAUGUUUUGUAUACAAAAAAGAAGGAAAGUGAAAGAAGGGCACGCAUCAUAUAUAUAUACAUAUAUUAAUAUAAAUAUGUAUAUGUAUAUCUGUGGAACGGAAGGGUCCCGGAAAUAGUCAAAUGGCGUAGACAUAGAAAUAAGCAACGGAUCGGUGACCGGCCACAACCGUUAGCGUGUGAGGUCGUCGUUAAGGAUGUUGUGAUGCGUGCGCAUCUGUAAGCAAUCGUGUUGUCGAAACACAACUCUAAGCACACCGAAGGGAAACACAGGGCAUGACGGAAACGGAACGAACGAAGCGGCAGGAAGGUUUUAUUCAUAGGAGGCAAAGGAGAGAGCAAAAGAACUGCACUUGGACUCGAUCGAGCCGAGCGCUGGGGAAUUUUAGGCAGAAUCAAUUCAAAUAGUAAAACUAACAACUCCAUCAAGGCUUGGCACAGUUUUUGGAACGGCGCGCUCGCGAGAGGCGGCUGUUAGACGGCGUGUUUUGCGCAUUCUAAACGGCACGAAUCUUUCGCGGGGCAGACAGAGGAGGAGCAGGAAAGAGUAGGAAAGCGAUACAGAGCUAGCACCAAACGCGCGCGCGUUCUCCUCCUGAUCUUAAAAGGCUGGAUAGUUUUUGAGCGACGGCGCAAGGAUCGGUUUUUGAUGAAUCAAAGUUCAAGUUGAAAUGGUGCGCGAAUUACAACAAUAAA